UCUUAACCUUCAAUCAAUGGCUUCCACCACCACCAUCUUCUCCAUCCUCAUUCUCCUCACAUACGCCGCCACGACCGCCACCUCUCAACCGCCCUCCUCCUCCUCCACAGUCUGCCAAUCCACCCCUUACCCAUCCUUCUGCCAAACCACCCUCCCCAUCAACAACUCCUCAGCCACCAUAUACGACUACGGCCGCCUCUCCAUCCGUAAAUCAAUCACCGCCGCCUCGAAAUUCGCAAACUCAAUCGAUAAAUACCUUUCUAACUCCCCAGGGUUAACCACAGGAACCGUCCGUGCACUCCAAGAUUGCCAAUACUUGGCCAAACUAAACCUAGAGUACCUUUCAAACGCUUUCGCCACCGUUAACACAACCCAAACCACGCUUUCGGAUACCAAAUCUGAAGACAUACAAACGAUCCUUAGCGCCAUUUUAACCAACACCGAAACAUGCAUUGAUGGUUUACAAUCAAAUGCUGCCUCUUGGACCUCCAAAGACGGCGUCGUAUCCCCUAUUAAAAAUGAUAACAAGUUAUAUAGUGUUUCAUUAGCUCUUGUUAACAAAGGAUGGGGCAGUAAAAAAAGUAAAAAAAAUAGGGUUUCACAUAAACAUAAAGGUUUGGAAGCUAUAUCCGAAACGGUUGGUCGGAGAAAGCUUCUUCAGGUAGAUGGCACCGGUAGUCAGGUGGUGGUUAGUCAAGACGGUUCGGGGAACUUUACGACGAUCACCGAUGCAAUUAACUUUGCUCCCAACAAUACUAGUCCUUCUACGGCUGGAUACUUUGUGGUUUAUGUGACUGCAGGAGUUUAUGAGGAGUAUGUUAAUAUUCCUAAGAACAAGAAGAAUUUGAUGAUGAUUGGUGAUGGUAUUAACCAGACGGUGAUCACUGGAAAUCGCAGUGUUGUUGAUGGCUGGACCACCUUCAAUUCUGCCACAUUUAUCGUGGUGGCGCCUAACUUCGUCGCCAUGAACCUUACCAUCCGCAACACCGCCGGAGCGAUCAAACACCAAGCCGUAGCCUUACGAAGCGGGGCCGAUUUAUCGACAUUCUACAAAUGCAGCUUCGAAGGGUACCAAGACACAUUAUACGCACACUCCCUCCGUCAAUUCUACCGUGAAUGUGACGUUUACGGCACCGUUGACUUCAUAUUCGGUAAUGCGGCCACCGUGCUCCAAAACUGUAACUUAUACCCCCGGUUGCCGAUGUCGGGUCAGUUCAAUGCCAUAACAGCGCAAGGAAGAACUGACCCGGGUCAGAACACGGGUACAUCUAUCCAGAAGUGUAAUAUUCGGGCAGCUGAUGAUUUGGCGGCGAGUAAUGGGACGACUGUGACGUAUUUGGGUCGACCGUGGAAGGAGUAUUCUCGGACGGUGUAUAUGCAGUCGUUUAUGGACUCGUUGAUUGCUCCCGCGGGGUGGUCGGUGUGGUCGGGUGACUUUGCGUUGAAUACUUCGUAUUAUGCCGAGUUUAAUAACUCCGGGCCGGGGUCGGAUACUAGCCAGAGAGUUACCUGGCCCGGGUUUCAUGUUAUUAAUGAGACGGAUGCAGUUAGUUUUACUGUGUCGGGUUUUAUCGUCGGUGAUGCGUGGUUGAACCAGACAGGCGUGCCGUAUGACGCUGGGUUGUGAAUUAAAUUUAUAGGGUCCUAUGGCUAAACGGACCCAUAUGUGAGAGGGAUAUUGCUUUUUAGUGGUGGGUCUUCCGCAUGUUUUGUGAGUGGAGAGUACACUAACAAUGUAGCAUUUCAAAAGAUUUCAUUUGAUUGUUUGAAAACUAUAAUAACUUAUUUGUAUUCCCUUUGAUUGUUUGAAAACUAUAAUAACUUAUUUGUAUUCCCUUUGAAA